AUGGGAGGCGAGGCAAAAACGGGGGAACAGAAAAAACGGCCAGCAGCGUCGUCGAAUUGGUUUGCGCUUCAGAAGGUAUUCAGGAAGAAAUUGCCUCGCUCAACGUCCAACGAACAGCCUAGAAAGCGGCGGAAGACAGAGCAUCCGCGGUCUCCCAGCGUCAAUUCAUUUGCCUCUCUUGCACUUCCUGAAGACGUUCCAGAGCCACCGCUACCUUCUACUUCAGAUUUAAAGAACGGGGGAUUCCUCUCUGAUCUACGGCGUAUGGUCGCUGGUGAAGUCUCGUACACUGAUGUACAGAAAAUGCCAGGAAGAUACCUCUCGAUAGAUUGUGAGAUGGUAGGGAUAGGUAUUGAUGGGUCCGAGUCGUCGUUGGCGCGGGUGACGGUGGUCAAUUUCUAUGGGGCGGUGCAGAUGGAUGAGUUUGUGAGGCAGAAGGAAAGAGUGGUGGAUUAUCGGACGCGGUAUAGUGGAAUACGUCCGUCGGAUAUGUUCGGAGCAAAACCAUUCGAGGAAGUGCAGAAGCAGGUAUCGGACCUGCUGCAGGAUAGGAUAUUAGUGGGACACGCGGUAUAUAACGAUUUGAAGGUCCUCCUUCUCUCCCACCCGCGAAGUCAGGUUCGCGAUACACAGUAUUAUGCUGGAAAGUUCAAGGUGGUGAAAAGCCGCUUUGUCGCCCUUCGAAAUUUAGUGAAGCAGGAGCUGGAUAUUACUAUUCAAGAUGGGGAACACUCAAGUUUGACGGAUGCAAGGGCGACGAUGGCGGUUUACCGGCUGCAUCGUAAAGAGUGGGAAAAGGGCACUGUGCAGAAGAAACAUGAGGGCAAGAAACGGAAGAGGCAGGAUACCGACAAGGAAGCGGAUGUGUUCCCAGGUGGUGGGAGGAAGGGCGUGAGUUCGGGUUUGUCGACGGUGAUUCGACAUAAAGAUGGGGGCGGCGGCACACAGAAGACCCAGUGGUGGAAGGAGCUUGGUACUGGUACCGGCUCGAAGGGAAGUACGAAGAUUUGA